CUAACUUGAAUUUUUUUAUUUUUUUUUCAUUUUUUGUAGUAAUAUACAGAGCCAAUGAAUAGGAUGGAGCUUAAAAUGGAAAUGUUCAUGUUUGUGUCGACAAUGGUACUUGUGACAAAUCAAUUGCUUCUCUUUGCUGGUGCAGUCCAUAUUGGCGUUAACUACGGCAGGCUCGGAAACAAUCUCCCUCCUCCGAGAGACGUAAUAAGCCUUUUCAAGAGGUGCAGAAUCCAAUCCCUCAGGCUAUUUGACCCCAGCCCCGAGGUGCUCAACGCGUUGCGAGGAUCAAACCUUCGUGUCUCCCUCGGCGUGAGGAACGAAGAUUUGCCGAGCCUCGCAUCGAGCCCAGCUGCGGCAACUCAAUGGGUUAACAGGAAUGUCGCGCCGUACAAGAAUAACGUGAGCUUCGGGUGGAUCACUCUGGGGAAUGAGGUGAUACCUGGACCUUUUGCCAAUUGCGUUGCGCCCGCCAUGAAUAAUAUCCGCAAUGCCCUUGGGUCGAUUGGAUUGUUCCGUACAAAGGUGACGACAGUUACUACGUUAAUCCUUGCAAGUUCUUACCCACCUUCGACAGGAGUCUUCACCAGUGAAACAGUUGUUGUCAUGAGGAACGUAACAGCUUUCUUACAGAGAACCCGUGCACCCAUCAUGGUGAAUGUUUACCCGUAUUUCGCAUACGCCUCGGAUCCGGCCCAUGUUUCGUUGAACUAUGCCACGUUCCGUUCGCGAACACCGGUGGUGGUGGAUGGACCAUUCAAGUAUUUUAACCUGUUCGAUGCUCAGGUUGAUGCUUACAACGCCGCAUUGGAGAAGAUCAAUGCAGGCAAUGUUCCGAUUAUCGUGUCAGAGACGGGUUGGCCAACUUCCGGGAACUACCCAUACACAAGUAUAACUAACGCGCAAACAUACAACAAAAACCUUAUCAAUCAUGUCAGCCGCCAGGGCACCCCGAGGAAGCCUAGCCGGAUUAUGGACACCUUCAUUUUCGCCAUGUUCAACGAGAAUCAAAAACCUAGUGGGGUUGAGCAAAAUUGGGGAUUGUUCUAUCCAAACACCCGACCUGUUUAUCCGUUGUUCUAAACUUUGCUAAGCCAAGUGAACUAUGGAGCCUUUCGGUACUUCUAUAUUGUAUUUGAAGUCCAACCAGCCAUGCAUGAUUGCAAAUAGGACUGCUAAAGAGGCAAGGGUUAAAGAUGUUAUGACUUUAAAAUUAGUAAGAAGAAAAUAUCAAA